AUACCUUUAUUUUAUGCUCUUCAACUUCCUCUUUUCAUUAAAAGUGGCGGAGGUAAGAAAUUCCAAAUACUUUAGGAGAUAUCGAAUUUUUAAAUUUCAUCAUAUGUAGUUGAGCGGUAUUUGCGAAAAUAAAUGUUAAAAAUCCGAAAAUACCUUUAUCAUAUGCUCUUCAACUUCCUCUUUUCAUUAAAAGCGGCGGAGAUAAAUUCCAAAUACUUUAGGAGAUAUUGAAUUUUUUAAUUUUGCAAUACAAGACCUGUGGAACCAUUCGAGCGGCGCCAUUUUUGUUAUUUUGCCGUGUGUUCGUGAAUACGUGAAUCGUGAAUGCGUAAUUAAUAAAAUGGUUGAUUAGGUCAGGUCAGUUACAUUAUUAAUACUUUCAAACUAAGCCGACAUUAAAAAUUAUUUUGUGAAUUAAUUUUAAUGGCUGUUUAGUUUUAAAAUAUUUAUAAUGUAACUGACCUGACCAAACAAACCCGGACAGACGGUGAACAGUAAAAUGGUCGAUUAGGUCAGGUCAGUUACAUUAUAAAUACUUUCAAACUAAGGUGAUAUUAAUAAUAAUGUGAAUUAAUUUUAAUUCUUUAGUUUUAAAUUAUUUAUAAUGUAACUGACCUUACCUAACAAACCCGUAACAAAGGAUGUACAGUAACAACUCACGUAAAUUUUUUUGUUACUUAUUACUUGCGCAACAAUAUCAAAAUAACAAAUAAGACUUUAAAAUUAGAAACGUUAAAAACUCACUUAAGUUGGAGGCGGUAAUUAAACACCGUUUUAAACAAUAAUUGAACUAAAUAAUCACGUAUUAGUUCAUUUGAAUUCUGGCCUAUCACGAACAAUCACGUGACAUCAUUAUCCAAUAAAAAAUAGAUACUCGUACGUAAACAAGAAACAAUUGUGCACGCACGCCACAGGAAUGGGCUGGUUUUGUGCUGAAAUUUAGAAAUUCGAUAUGUCCUAAAGUAUUUGGAAUUUCUAAUCUCCGCCGCUUUUAAUGAAAAGAGGAAUUUGAAGAGCAUAUAAUAAAGGUAUUUUCGGAUUUUUAACAUUUUUUUUCGCAAAUACCGCUCAACUACAUAUGAAGAAAUUUAAAUACUCUAUAUCUCCUAAAGUAUUUGGAAUUUAUAAUCUCCGCCGAUUUUAAUGAAAAGAGGAAGUUGAAGAGCAUUAAAUAAAGGUAUUUUCGGAUUUAACAUUUUUUUUCGGAAAUACCGCCCAAGUAAAUAUUUACCGUUUUGGGCUGGCAUUCUUCUAGUGAAUACAGCGCAAUGGAGGAAGCUGAUGAAUUUCUUGUUCAGCUUAUGGUAAAUAUGUAUUGUACGGAUUAGCGCCAAAAAAAAAUCGUACAAAUAUGAAAUAACUUUCAUUAUAUGCUAUCUUACGUCCUCUCUUCAGAACCGCCUGCGGAGAUAAAAAAUUCCAAUUACUUUAGGAGAUAUCGAAUUUUUUAAUCUUCAUUUUUUGGCGAUUUUUUUUAAAAAAAAAUUUAAAAAUCCGAAAAUACCUUUAUUCUGUGCUCUUAAACUUCCUCUUUUCAUUAAUCCCGGCUGAGAUAAGAAAUUCCAAAUACUUUUGGAGAUAUCGAAUUUUUUAAUUUUCAUCCUGUGCACUCGUGCGGCGAUAACGGUUGCUUGUUUACAAGUAUCAUUUUUUUUUUUUGCGAUGUUCCCGAACGGAGAAACCUAAAGCCGCGUACACACUUGCGCGCCGCGGCUGCAAUGCAACACGCCACGAACAGGAUUCGCCAGGUGUGUACGGGCCCUCGAACACGCGCCGAGCGUGCGCCGCGCACGCCACGAACCGCGCGCCGCGAACCGCCAGCUGUCGGUUUUUUCGACGAACACAAAGGGAUUCGGCGCGCCAGUGUGGACGUGUUUGCAGCUCGCAGCGCACACGCAGCGAACAUGGAGUGGAGCGAAGAAGAUAUGUUGGGCUUGAUUGAAGUGUAUAGAACACAUCCUGUGCUUUGGGACCCAAGUAAUAGAGACUACUACAAAAAAGCUAAAAAAAUGGAUGCGUGGAGAGACAUAGCUGUUACAGUCGGGCAGUUAGAAGAUGAAUGCAGGAAAAAAAUGAUUAGUUUGCUGUCGUCGUACAGAAGGGAGAAGUCAAAAGAAAAAAACACAAUAGGGACUGGUAAAGGUACUUCCGAAGUGUAUACCAGCCGAUGGUUCGCCUACGAGUCGUUAAAAUUUCUGGAAGGCAGAGAUAAGCCACGGCCAACAAUGAACACGGAGCCGGUGAUCAUUGAAGGAAACCACGUCCAUCAAGAACUGAAUGUGCAAAAUGAAGACCAAGAAUUUCUUUCUCCAAGUGCACCUAAGCGAGCAAAAGGAAGGCAACAGGGUGAUGGAACUGCACUGCUAGCGGAUGCUGUUAGCAUUCUACAAGCUACUGCUGGAAAAUUCAACAUGUCUCCUGAACAGAGCGAGAUUAAAACAUUUUGCGCAUAUUUAUCUUCCAAAAUGGCGACAUUUUCUUCAGCUACAAGAUUGGGGGUUCAGCACGCUGUUUAUGACAUUUUGAUGAAAGCAGAUCGAGGUUUGUUUGAAAUACCUACAUACAACUAUGGUCAAGGUCAACUAUUUCAUUCCAAUGCACCUGAAAACUAUUCUACUCGCAUGUAUAUGCAACAGCCAGCUUCCCACUCAUCAACUUCAUCAGUUUAUCUUCCUGCUCAACAACAACAACAACAACAACAACAACCCUUUGAGCCAAAUCUGUCGCAGUCUUCUCCAGCUGGUCGGUCCCCGAGACAAAUGACUCCACAUGCACAAGUUACUAUGCUACCUAGUGCCUCGGCUACAAGUAUACAAACAAAUUCAAGUCACACCAUUUCACCGCUGGCGUCAAUGCAAAGUCCUUUAUCGCAUUCAUCUCAGUGUUCUGAUGAUUUUAAUGACUGUGUGUAAAUUGCAUCACAAUUUUUGUGUUAAUUUAUUUAUUUGUUUAUGUGAACUACUCUGAUUUAAUUUGAAUUUAAUGAGUUCAUUUAUUUAAUUUUUCUUUCUUACAUCAUUUGAGUACUGUAUUUUUGAAAAUAUCGUUUUAUAAAUAAAAACUUAAGCAAUAAGAACGUUUAUUUGUUCUAACGUUCAACUUACCUUGAUAUUUUCUUUCAACACUUCAAUUAACGCUGAGCAGACUUCUGUUACUAUUCCUCCUAUAGCCUGCUUUGAAAUUCUGAACAGAUAUUGCAGACUUGAGUACGAGUCUCCUGUCGCUAGAAACCGCAAUGUCACGGCUAACCUGGAACAUUAAAAUUGAAAACCUGUGUACUUAAACAUAUUGAACAUUAACACUUUUAAUAAUGCUGACAGGGAAAUUGCUGUCAGGCAUUAGUACAAAUUGUAAACAAUUCAUAGGCUACUUACCGAUCUUGAAU